AAGCCAUAUUCAUUCAAAUAAAUCAAAAUACAACAAUAUGAUUUGCUUGGGUUUCUUAUGAAUACGAAGGGAUGAUGCAGGGCGACGUUCAUCUUUGCUUCUUGUCGGACGGCUUAGGUUUCUUUGCUCCAGUUGGUAUCUUGUCUUCCGCUCAUGAUGAAGUCAGAGAUUUUCCCUGGAUGUUUGGUGAUGAGACGGAGGAUGAAGAUGGGUUGUUGGCUCUGUUGGAGCAGUCUCCUUGGGAUGAGGAGGAGAUGAUGUAUCAUCAAGUGGCUCCAGGUGUUGAUAGUGAGUUGCUGCUUGUUGUUCAUUUCACACUGCGAGGAAGAGCUGUUAAACAGAAGUGGGCGUGGUCUGAGGCACAGUGGAUGAGCGGAUCGAGGGAUGGAACCAUGGAGGAGCAGAGGUUCACUCAUGAUAUCCAACCGGAGGAGAUCGGCAAGCAAAUGAAGGAGUGUGUUCGCCCUAUUGUUGUUCUUCUUGAUAAGAAAAGGAUGAGAAAAAGAGUUGGGAAUCGGGUGAAGAAUAGAUUAUCGUUGCGUAGGAGACUGGAGAACGAAUGGGUGGGGAGUGAGAUCGACCUAACGUUGAUCGUGUUGUGCUUCUUCUCCAGCAAGAAAUCAGUUGAGGUGAAGCGGGGCGCCCUCACUGGGCAUUGGAGGAGAAAAAGAAGAACACGGUGCUGGAUUUCUUGAAAGGCUCUAUUGCGAUGAAACUUUGCUCUCGCAUAGGUGGCUUUUGUGACUCGUGAUGAGAGAAUUCCUAAGUUUGUUAGCUCGGGGGAAUCGGGUGAAGAAUAGAUUAUCGUUGCGUAGGAGACUGGAGAACGAAUGGGUGGGGAGUAAGAUCGACCUAACGUUGAUCGUGUUGUGCUUCUUCUCCAGCAAGAAAUCAGUUGAGGUGAAGCGGGGCGCCCUCACUGGGCAUUGGAGGAGAAAAAGAAGAACACGGUGCUGGAUUUCUUGAAAGGCUCUGUUGCGAUGAAACUUUGCUCUCGCACAGGUGGCUUUGUGACUCGUGAUGAGAGAAUUCCCAAGUUUGUUAGCUCGGUGGUGUUGUCGAUAUUGGCUACGUACGGUGGAGAUACUGGAUGUGGUGGAGCUUUGUUUCCACGAUCGUGGAGUUGUGGCCUCAUCAAUGGUGGGUGAGCACUGUUUCCACAGUGUCAUUGAUGAGCCAGUCCCUCACGCGCUGUCGACCGGCAGCCACCCCAGAUACCGGAAAGGAACCGUUAGUUGGGAGAGAGCUCGAUUUCCCGGGCGCGUGCGUCCAACGAGGGUUGACACAUCAAGAGCGAUGGGCUCGAGGCUUUAGUUUGUUGACUUGUGGUGCGUUUGGUCUCUGAAGGUGCAGAGUGCUAAGAUCGAGACCUCUGACAAGUUUGCGGAGUCCGAGAUCUGGGAGACCAAGGUGAUGAAGUCGGGGGAGGUGAAAAGGCAUAUAUUUUUCUUGCAGAGACAGCUCUCUUUGGAUUUACGUGUGGACGUGGCCAAGUUUCAGAUGGCCAUACAUGUUGACUCAGAGGUUAGGCUGAGUUGGUGUUUGGGCCCUGAGCCGCUCUUGCACAGUGAGUUUUUGAGUCAUAGGGGUACUUUGCUGUUGGGUGAAAUGAGUCGUGUGAUGGGCCAGAGAAGGGGCAAGACCUUGGGUGUUAAGUUGGAAAGCUUCUUUCAACAAGUCAAGAGCUGUGCUACUUGUGUUGGGCUAGACCCGGGAACAAAUGUUGAUUCUGUUUGUGGUUUGUUUCUUGGAUCAACACUUGUUUCAACGGUUGGGUUUGAAACUGGGCUAGGUGUUGGGUCCGAUAUUGCCGCUGCAAACAUUACCAAGGAGAUGUUUGAUGACUCCAUUGCCACAGUUCGUUGCAGUCUGGAGUUAUUGCAACAGAGGAAGUACUGGGGGAAUGAGCGAGGGCCGAGGAGGCAUAUGAUCAGAUCAUGGGCUAGUUGAGAGUUGGUCACCAGGGGGCAGAGAAAGG